AUGUUGCGGCCCGGCACACCACUGACCCUGCUGCUAUUCGCAGCUUUCGCCCUGCUUUUAUUAGCCGUCAUAUCGACACCGAUAAUCGAGGCUAUUCCACUGAGUGACUUUGGUGGUGUUACAUAUGGCGUGUUUGGCUACUGCCAAAAUGGCAAGGGAUGUAGUGGUAUCGGAGUUGGAUAUGAUACUGCUAAAUUAGCUGGGGACAAUUCCCAAGCAUUUGACCUGCCAUCCGGCGUUCGAAAUACCCUUUCAGCUAUUCUCAUUGUGCAUCCAGUCGCGGCACUCAUCACCCUUGUCAUGACCAUCAUGGCAGCUGUGUCUCAUUUACAUGGACCGUCACACUCUACGAGAUAUCUCCUCAUUUUGUUUAUCUUUUUAUUCAUCGACUUCCUGGUCUGCUUGCUGGCAUUUCUGAUCGACGUGCUACUGUUUGUGCCACACCUGGCAUGGGGCUCAUAUCUGGUUCUGGCGGCUACUAUUCUUGUUGCUAUGAGCGGAUUGGUGACCUGUGCAAUGCGUCGCACUCUGGUCAGCAGGAAAGACAGGCAGAGACGUAUUGCCGAUAACGCCGAGAUGAGCGGUCAAAACUAUUAUAACAGAACCGCUCAGGAUAAGAUAGCAGCUGAGGAUGGGAUCACUAGACAGCCGACGCUGCCCACCCAGCCUGUCGGAAACAGCGUUCAUGACAAUAUCCCAGCCUUUGCGACGUUUGAUCAAAAGAACCGAAGUGAUCAAAUCAGCGAAGAAGUCCCGCUCACCCGCCGGGCAACAUCGAACCGAUCUCCAGGUGUCCCUCAUGAGCCAGUCAACGUCGGCGAAGCGGCUGCUUUUAACAGAACUCCCCAGAGACAAGGUUCUCAGGAUCAGUUUGGGAAUCAGAUAGACAAUGGCAUCGAUCCGUAUGCCGGUCGAAGAGGGCCUUCUCCAAGCAUGAGCAACCGUGGAAGAGGAAAUGGAGGAUACCGUGGCGGAAGAGGAGGCUAUGGUCGUGGAGGAUAUGAUAAUUACGGCGCCCCGAUGCGAGGCCGUGGGGGUUAUGGCGCACCCGGAAGAGGCGGCUACGGACCUAGAGGUGGACGGGGAGGAUCUGGCCCACCAGGUCGAGGCGCCUAUGGCCCAGGUGGAAUAAGGGGAGGCCCAGGUCCAUCAGGGCACAGCAAUGGACCUUACGACCGAAGACCAUCUCCUGGCCAAAACUAUGCUUCAGAUUUCCAGCCAUCGGAGCCAUCCAAUGGGUAUAGCUCGACGAACCCAUCGAUGCCCAGCUUGAACACCUACACUGCCUACCGUCCGGAGUCUGAACUACCGCGAGCAGAAUCGCCGCCACCUUUACCAGGAACUGAACCUGCCACUAUAGGCGGUCGACCAGUAGAGAUGGAUGCGUCCCCUGCGGUUCAUGGCCAUCAGGGUGGAAACUAUGGUCAGCUCAGGGACAGCGACGUAGACGUCGCAGGUAUGGUCGGUCUUCAGCAGGGCCAAAUCCCCCAGCGAAAUGAUACUAUCAUGAGUGAAGGCAGCAAAUACAGUAACGAUGAGCAAUACGCUCCGCCUCGUGCUGCUUGGAACCAAGGUGAUGGCCGGAACUCACCUAAAGCUCCGCCUCCCCUAGCUACGACUCUGGGAAGAAACACGUCUCCUGUUACGCAACAGCCCGCAGUCAUGGGGAACAGCAAUUAUUAUGAAGAUGUAGAUCCUCGUUUUGCCCCCGAGGCGUCCCUGGCAAACAACAACCUCCAGCCACCGCCGAUUGAGCCCAUCUAUGAGGACGUCCAUGCUAAUAAUGCGGGCGCUCGAAGCCCUGCUGAGUCCGAGCACUCGACUUUUACUUCUAUCUCCCAGCGUGGCAUCAACCCCCGUUGGAACCCCGGACCUCCGCCACCAAUGCCAUAUCAACAAGGACCUCCUCAUCGACGACCCGUCCAUCAACAACAGCAACAGCGUCAAGAUAUGCUUCUAGAUACCCCGGACUUUCAAUUACCCAGUUCGCGGAGUGGGCGAGGUCCUGGUAUGGUACCAGGAAGUGCCUACCCACCAGGCGGCUUCUAG